AAGACUUUAGAAAACCAGGCAGAGAUGUACCUACGCAAGGAACAUUAUUUGAUGGCUUGGAUCAGCAUCUGCACCUACUUUCCUUUGGCCCUAGUGGUUAUCUGCUGUUUGUGUUAUAAGGCACGAAGGGAUCAUGUUCCUGUCUACUACAUAAACCUCAUCAUCUCCAAUCUAAUCCAGCUCUACUCUAUGAGGGUUUGGGUGACAAAGGAAAAUUAUGAUAUGGUCCAAUAUUCAUGUGUUGUUGUCUACAUCUUUAGUGUGAUGACCAGUCUUGGUUUCAGGAUGUGCAUUGCUCUGGAGAGGUAUUUUGUUAUCGUCUGCCCACAGUUACCCUGCAUCAGACAAAUAAAAGGUUCUGUGUGGGUGUGUGUCGCAGUCUGGGGGAUUUUUCUUGUCACAGUCCCUCUUCCUUUAUUCUUUGGUCAGCCUUCAUUUGUCCUUACUUUGGCCCUCCUCCCUGCCCCCGUCUUCAUCAUCUGUCUAGCUGGGACCCUCAAAUCUGUGCUGCAGACUCCACCUGCAGCUGCCUCAGUGCCUGCUGAGGAAAAACGAAGAAUUCUAGGAAUUCUGGUCCUGCUGUUGCUUAAUUACAUUCUGACGAUUCUCCCAGCUGCCAUCAUGAGGCCCAUUGACAAGCUGCUGAUGCGUCUGUGCUGCUGCAGGAUGCAGGAUGCUGCAGCUGGAGAUGGCAGCACACCAUCAGUGUGA